AGUGACCGUUGUGGGACUUCGGUUGGGGUCAUAAACAUGGCGUGGAGAGGAUGUUUUGUAAAAUGGACCAAAACAGAAUGUAUCAAUUCUGUCUCCCCAGUUUCAAGAGGUAGCAGGUUCACCCUCCACCCCCAGCAGAGGUGUGGUUUCCGUAAGGAAGCGAGGAAACCGGAGACAUGGAGGAGGGACCGGGGCUCCCCGGGAGAAACAGGCCCUCCGCCCUCUGAGGCUGGCGACGCGGUGGUGGCUCGGAAAGCGGUGACCCCUAAAACAGGACCCCCACCCCCUGGCGCGGCCCCCAGGCGUACAGGGAAGCUGUUCAAACCCCUUAUGUUCACAAUAGGGUUUACAGGGUGCUCCUUUAGUGCGGCGGCCAUCUUGCAAUACGAGUCUUUGAAGUCACGAGUGCAGACGGCCAGGGACGAGGCUGAGGUGGAGAAAAACGGAAAGGCAUCACAAGACAUGACAUACUGGCACAACUGGUGGAACCAGCUAACAGACUUCCAGAAACAGGUCAUCCUGCUCAUGUCGUUUGUGGAUGAUUUCUGGAACAGCCUGACCGAGGGUCAGCAGAUGGCCACUGGGAUCAUAGCGGUCAAUGCUGUGGUGCUCUGCUGUUGGCGAAUACCCUCUAUGCAACGAUCCAUGCUCAAGUACUUUACUGCCAACCCAGCCUCCAAGACGCGGUGCCUUCCCAUGCUCCUCUCCACCUUCAGCCAUUACUCUAUAAUCCACAUGGCAGCCAACAUGUACGUCCUGUGGACCUUCUCCUCCAGCAUCGUCUCUCUCCUGGGGAAGGAGCAGUUCCUCGCUGUCUACCUCUCUGCUGAGACUGCUGCUGACCCUCAUCUCUCUACAUUGUCAGGCGUGAUCUCCACUAUGGUGAGCUACGUGUGUAAGACCGCCACGGGACGCCUGCAUCCCUCGCUUGGGGCGUCAGGGGCCAUCAUGACGGUCCUGGCGGCGGUCUGCACCAAAAUGCCAGAGGCCAAACUGGGCAUCAUCCUCCUGCCCAUGGUCAGCUUCACUGCAGGCAACGCCUUGAAAGCUAUCGUUGCCAUGGAUGCAGCGGGGCUCAUUAUGGGAUGGAGGCUGUUUGAUCAUGCGGCUCACCUUGGAGGAGCCCUCUUCGGAGUGUGGUAUGUAGCAUACGGCCACAAGCUCAUGUGGAGGAAACGAGAGCCACUGGUCAAGGCAUGGCACAGCAUGAGAUCUCAGGCCCCUGGUGGACGGGGCAGGCCAGGGGGUUCGGGCAGCGACGGGGGCAGACCUGGUCCUGUGUAGGACCCCAACAUGGCACCCUGUGAAGUUGGCCCAUAACCACUGAUCACGGGUCAGAUAUUCUUCAUCCCCCGAUUGGUUAGGAUUGGCUAUAGGGGUAUCUGAUACUAUAUCUAUGGUUAGGGGGAAUCUUCUACCUCAAGAAGCCUUUUUUUGGUACUUUUGCCUGGUGACCGCUGUGGAGGGUGGGACCCAGCACUCCAAACCUCUGUUCUUCUAAUUGGCACGUUCCUCUGCCCAGGCGUUGCUGACGCAUGCCAGAUCUUACAACGUCUGGAUAGGUAUUUUAAGUAUCAGCCAACCACAUCAUGUUAUAGAGCCCGACGGCACAGUCAAUGACGUGGCACGCAACUAAUGGUUGACGCAUGCAACGUCUGUGCAGGGGAACGCAACCAAUCUCAUCAGGGACAGCAGACAUAUGUGACUAAGACAGCAGCCAUUUUGAAAAACGAGACGUUCGGAAUGUGCACAUAUAUUAAGAGACUGUAUAAAUGCACCUUGUGUUCAUGUUGUGUGAGUGAGUCAGGGUUUGUGUGUGAGUGAGAUUGUUCAUGUUGUGUGAGUGUGCUACCUAUGCAGACAUGAUGUCUUGUUUUAGCAGGAUUUCAAGACAGUACUCUAUUGUAACUAAGUCCUAAGGGAUGAUGAAUUUGGUUUGAUAACAGUGACUGUACUCUAGUACAGAUGAUGAUGAUGUUGGCUUUAUCAUUAUGGGGUAGUUUCUAUGAGAAUGAAGAUGUGAGAUGUUACCAUAGAGAUAUUGUAUUACAUAAUUUAUUCAUAUUCUAUGUCUAUGGAUGAUACAGAGACUGCUUCCUGUUCUCUAAUCCUCACUUCCUGUUUGUAAGGAAGUGGUUAACGGAGAAUGACCAUCCUGGACUAAAACAACAAACUUCCUCAUUGACCAUAAGAACUUCAGCUUCCUAGUAGUUUGUAGGUGGGCCGGCGCUGCCAGAGGUUUCUGAAAGGUUGAGGUGCUUAUCUGGGUAAAACAUGUGUAAAUCCUGAGCCUUACAAAAAAGGUAGGUAACAACACCUCCAAAAAUGUCCUCAACACUGCGGUACUCAUUUCAUUAAAAAGGUCACCUUAAUCUUCA